GUCAUGGGGCCCCGGACCCUCCUCCUGCUGCUCUCAGGGACCCUGGUCCUGACUCAAACACUGUCGGGCCCGCACUCCAUGAGGUAUUUCCUCUCCGCCAUGUCCCAGCCCGGCCGAGGGGAGCCGCGCUUCAUCGCUGUCGGCUACGUGGACGACAUGCAGUUCGUGAGGUUCGACAGCAAUGCCCCGAAUCCGAGGAUGGAGCCGCGGGCGCCCUGGAUAGAGCAGGAGGGGCCGGAGUAUUGGGAGCGGAACACACAGAUCAUGAAGAGCGCUGCACAGAUUAACCGAGUGAACCUGGGGAACCUGCGUGGCUACUACAACCAGAGCAAGGACGGAUCUCACACAAUACAGAGAAUGUAUGGCUGUGACCUGGGUCCGGACGGGCGCCUCCUCCGCGGGUACAUGCAGUUUUCCUAUGACGGCCGUGAUUACAUCGCCCUGAACGAGGACCUGCGCUCCUGGACCGCUGCAGACAUGGCCGCUCAGAUCACCAAGCGCAAGUGGGAGGAGAGCGAUGUGACUGAGUACUAUAGAGCCUACCUGGAGGGCACCUGUGUGGAGUGGCUCCAAAGAUACCUGGAGAAUGGAAAGGAGACACU